UAAAUAUAAUGAUGUCACUUGAUAUAUUAGAUAUCAUUUGUAACAAAUAAUAGCAAAAAUAAUAGUUUCACACAGUUUAAUAUUAUCAGUGUAUUUCCCUAAAAUUAUAUUUCGCACUGAUUUUGUCAUAUACUUUUAUCGGUAUUACUUCUGGCAUCCCGCCUUUUCUGUCAAAAAUUCCUUCAACUCGCAUUGCUACCAACUUAAAAUGAGAGAUCAGGGAAUUCGGUUUGAGGAAAAAUGAGAGAGUUUCGUAUCAUGUCAUCUUUGCUUGCACGUUUAGUAUUUUGCGGUUCGCUUACCUUGCACGUUGGUAAAAUAUUAGUGUUAAUACAGAACGGUGAAACUACAUAAUUGUUCCACGAGAUGAGCAAACGUCAUUUAAUAUCAAUACAAGGCAGAGCUUAAAAAAAUUACAAAAAAAAAAAAAAAUUGUGGUUGCAUAUCAUUUACAUACAUUUUGUCUAUUUGAAAAUUAACAAAAAACAAUAGAAAACGUUAUUUGUGAGUGUGUAAUCUGAAUAUAGCUAAAAAAUUACGGAGGCGAUGUCCGAAACGGGGUCGCCGGGCAAAACACAGAAAGGUGGACAGCAGCAGCGUCGCCAAUUACGUGAGCGCAAGCAACGUAAACUGUAUCUCGAAGAAUGGGCACUCGGAGAUGAUGAUUUGGAGGGAACAAGAGGAUUCAGCGUCUCAGAAAAAUUGGAAUCAUCGAAAUUCGCACAAACUGGUAUGGUUCGCGAGAUGCGUGGCAGUGAUUUGACCGUGGCUUUUCUUCAGCAAUAUGGCUUUAAUAUUCCACUAUUGUUUCGUGAGAAGACCGGUUUAGGACUGCGAAUGCCAGAUGCUAAUGAAUUUACUGUAAACGAUGUACGUUUGUGCGUUGGAUCACGUCGUAUACUGGACGUAAUGGAUGUGAACACUCAAAAGAACUUACAAAUGACAAUGAAAGAGUGGCAACAGUAUUAUGAUAAUCCACAUAAGGAUCGACUCCUUAACGUAAUUUCGUUAGAGUUUUCUCAUACCCGUUUAGACAAUUAUGUUCAAUGUCCCGAAAUUGUUCGACAAAUUGAUUGGGUAGAUGUUGUAUGGCCGAAAAGUCUCAAAGACUCACAAAAAGAAGGUACAAAUGUAUUGGGGGAAAUGAUGUACCCAAAAGUACAAAAGUACUGUCUUAUGUCAGUGAAGAAUUGUUAUACGGAUUUUCAUAUUGAUUUCGGCGGUACCUCGGUUUGGUACCAUAUCUUAAAGGGUAGCAAAGUGUUUUGGCUGAUACCACCAACAGAAAAAAAUCUACAAUUAUAUGAGAAGUGGGUAUUAUCCGGCAAGCAGGCGGAUGUCUUCUUUGGCGAUACAGUAGAAAAGUGUGCUCGAGUAUACUUAACGGCUGGGAACACUUUCUUUAUACCCACCGGUUGGAUACAUGCUGUGUACACGCCAACAGACACAUUGGUUUUUGGUGGUAACUUUUUACAUUCCUUUGGCAUAGUUAAACAGCUUAAGACCGCGCAAGUGGAAGAUGCAACUAAAGUGCCGCAGAAAUUCCGAUAUCCCUUUUUCACCGAAAUGCUGUGGUAUGUCCUAGCACGCUACGUAUACACUUUACUAGGUAACUCUCACUUAGAGGGUGAAUCUUCAUUGAGUGAGGAGGAAAUGUCCAAACGAAAUCAUGUGCAUCUCACACAUUAUGAACUUUUCGGUCUGAAGGAGAUUGUCAUGUAUCUAUAUGAUUUGCCACCCCAAAAGAAAAAUGUACCAGAACUGGUAAGAGAUCCAGUGGCAUUGAUCAAAGAUGUGCGUACGUUGGUAGAGCGACAUUGCAAGGACAAGCCUGAACUGGCGAUAACGGGUGAUUCUGUAUUGAAACCCCCCGGUCAGAUGCACCCCACGGUUCACGUGUACGAUCGUGCGGUCGUGAAGCAGGAAAUCAAAGCGGAAAUCGCGCGUAAAAAUGCUGAAAUCAUACGUGAACAACAACAGUUAGAUGCAGCGAAUGCGGCAAAUGCAGCAGAAAAUCCAUCUCACAAUCGUGAUGUGCAAAAUAAAGUAGAUACAGGUUCAAAUUCGAAUGUUAUAGCCAUUGCAAAUGUGACUGAUAACGAUGGUGUCAUUGUAAAGGAAUGUAAAAAAGAACCUGUUGAGAAUGGUACUCCACUGACCGCUACAUUUGUAUCACCCACGGACAGUCUCAAGUAUCGCCCUCCGAAGAAAAUGCACCUCGCAAAUGCUGUUGCUGCGGCAGCGCAUCAGGCCAACAAUACCGUCAGUGUUAUCGCCUCUUGUUCAAGUUAUUAUUCAGCUUCAACAGCAACAACGACUAUUUCAACAGGAACAACGACUGUAGCAUCCAACCAAACACAAAACAAUUUACCAGCACAGCCACUCACCCACAACCCAAAUGCUGUUAAUACUACCGAAAACUCUUGUCUCUCGCCAAACGAUUCAAAGUUGUCACCAAAUGUCACCGGCACUGGUCAGCCGCGUCGACGGCGAACGCGGUGUAAAGUCUGCGCCGCUUGUCAGCGUUCCGACUGUGGGGAAUGCAGUUUCUGUUUGGAUAUGGUGAAAUUCGGUGGACCUGGACGCGCUAAGCAAACUUGCAUGAUGCGUCAGUGUCUCUCGCCCAUGUUGCCAGUGACAGCACAGUGCUUUGUUUGCCAUUUGGAUGGUUGGCGUCAAGUACCCGUAUCCCCGCAAACUAAGCAGCUGGCAUCGCUCGAGGGACCUUCGACGUUGAUGGAGUGUUCGGUGUGUUAUGAAAUUGCGCAUCCUGAUUGUGCGAGGUCGUUAUUGGACGGCACCGAAGAUGCCACAGAUGCUAAGGGUGUAGUAAAUGAAGACCUACCAAACAGUUGGGAAUGCCCAAGUUGUUGUCGAUCUGGAAAAAAUAAUGACUAUAAGCCACGCCAUUUUCGUGCCCGCCAAAAGUCUUCAGAAGUACGACGAACAUCAGUGGGUGGCUCAAAUAUCAUCACAGCCGGUCACGAUCACGAUAGCAACCAACUGCCACCGCCCAUUGGUCAAUACAAUGACUUCGUUUUCACAAGUGAAUCGGAAAUGGAAUCUUGCGCAGCUAAUGUUGUACAUUGGAAGCAUGUGGCAAAGCGCCAUCACCAUCAAAUUGAGGUGAAAACAGAGCGGAACUAUGAUACCUCUUCGCCGGGUAUCUCGCCUCAUGCAACUGGCGAUCGCAUCAAGAGACGAAAGAGUGACGACGGCUUAAGCUUGUGCAGUAGCAUGCAGGACAGUAUUGAUGCGGGCGCAUCCAUGGACUGUAAUGUCGUCGUUGGAAAUGGUGGUAUUGUUGGCAGUAGUAAUGGUAUACAAAUGCCACGAAAGAAAAACUCAAUACGAUCGCAAUUGGCUCAACAAAUGCUUAACUCUUCAACGAGAGUACUCAAGAAGCCGCAUUAUGUGGUGCGACCAGCUGGGCAUUUAUCAACAAGUGGAAACGGUUUGGCAGGUAGUCACAUGGGGGGCACAAAUUUAGCGCUCGAUCCAACAUUGCUUAAAAUCAUCUUUCGCUAUUUGCCCCAAGAGACACUAGUCACCUGCUCUUCGGUUUGUAAGGUGUGGUCGAAUGUGUCUGUGGAUCCUGAUCUCUGGAAGACAAUGAAUUGUGCAGAACACAAAUUAUCUGCUUCACUGCUGACAGCGAUUGUACGCCGACAGCCCGAGCACUUAAUACUCGACUGGACACAGAUAGCCAAACGGCAAUUGGCCUGGGUAAUUGCACGUCUGCCAGCUCUUAAGCACCUAUCACUACAAAAUUGUCCAAUUCAGGCAGUCCCGGCUUUGCACACUUGCCUUUGUCCGCCGUUACAAAUAUUGGAUCUGAGUUUUGUGCGUGGCCUCAAUGAUGCCGCCAUCCGUGAUAUACUGUCACCGCCCAAGGAUUCUCGACCUGGUUUAGCAGAUUCAAAAACGCGCCUACGUGAUCUUAAAACUCUUAAACUAGCCGGAACCGACAUAACGGAUGUGGCAUUGCGGUACAUAACGCAGGCGUUACCGAAUCUUGUCCACCUAGAUCUUUCAUCAUGUCAGCGCAUAACUGAUGCCGGUGUGGCACAAAUUGGCACAUCGCCGACUGCCAUUGCGAAAUUGGUCGAAUUGAAUUUGAGCGCUUGUCGAUUGGUCUCUGAGUUCUCUUUGGAACAUCUUGCAAAAUGCGAGCAAUUAAUUUGGUUGGACUUGCGGCACGUGCCGUUGGUGCCAACGCAGGCGGUGAUAAAAUUUGCAGCCGAAUCUAAACAUGAUCUCUGCGUGAAGGAUAUAAAAUUGGUGGAGAAGCGGCGACUACAGAAAGCGACACAGCUUGCAACGUCCUCGAGCUUACUUGGAAUGGGUUCUGUCAGCAGUUGGAAUGACUAAAAAUAUUAAGUAGAAAUAGAACAAAAAUAGGUUUUAGAGUUAAUAAGUGAAAUUAGAUUUCGAUAAAUGAAUGAGAAUGUAUAAUAUUAUUAUAAGAGUGUAGUACAAGCAAAAUAUGUACGCAUACAGCAAAGCUGCAAAACUUCUUACCAACCUCUAAAAGUUCUAUGCAUAUUUGUGUAAAACCAAGAGUUAGUAGAGGCAAGCAUUAAUCUACUAUAAAUCAAAUAUUGGUCUCUGCAGUAUAGAGUAGAUGAGGAACUCAUUACGCCAAUUAUAUAAUAAAAUAAUUAUGAAAACAUGACAAAUAUUUUAUUAUUAUAGAUCACCAAGGUCUAACACCUAUCAAUUGUAUAUGAAAGUCGAUUUAAAAAAUGGAAACAUUUUCCGCAUACUCUUUUUUUAACUUAAUUUACAAAUGCAGUUAUAAUGGCCAAAGUUAGGUUUUGUUACAAUAACAAUUAUUAUAUUUUCAUGUUUUCAACCAGUAUUACUUGUAUCUCCUUCCUCCAAUAUCCUCAAAUGUAAGCAACAAUAUAUUGCCAAAUAUCCACAAAAUAGAAAUUGAUAAAUUCUUUACAUAGCUUUGAGUCCACACUGUAUACAUACAUAUGUAUAUAUGUAGCACCUCACAGAAGACAUACUAUCCCAACUGAGGGGCGCAGCGACUCCCUUACUCCCAGUGCUAUUCUGAAAUUCAUCACGGUCCUGGGCCUAACGGAGUCGUUGAAGACAUUGUGAGGCCACAAAACACCACAAGUCACAGUGCAUUCUUCUAAUUAUUAUUCUAUUCUAUUUAUGAACAUAUACGAUGCAAUAGAGUUUGAAACAAAUCUGUAACCAACCUUCAAUUAAUGCACAUUAGCAAUAUGAACUGUCGUAUUUGACAUACAUAAGUGCACAUGUAUGCAUGUGUGUAUAUGUUUGAAAAAAAAAAUUAGGAUAUACUGUUCAGAAACAUUGCUUUGUAGACAUAUGCAUGUAACUUUAAAACUUUUAAUUAUAAAUAUGUAGUAGUGCUAUAGCUUUAAGCUUUUAUAAAAUACAAAUAUUAUUAAGCUAAGGUAUAGACGCACAUGUAUACAGCAAAUGUAAUCAUAUGUAUGUAUGUAUAUACAAGUAAUACAAACAUAUGUGUGCUUUCUUAUAAAUGUAAGUAACCCAAUGCAAUUGAAAAAGAUCUGAUUACGUUAAUUCGAUAUAGAGUCAUUGAUAAAGACAUCAACUACUUACUCACAUUUAAAUAUAUAUUCCGAUGAAUUUUGAAAAGUUAGUCAACGCUUUUAGUUGCGUGAUAACAUUGUUAAUGUCAUGGAGUCUGUCGCAAAUAAUGCUACAGUUAAUCCUACACUGAAAUAUUUCACACAUACUUGGCAUAAUAUUUUAUAGACACUGAAGAGGUUGUCGGCGAAUACACAUACUUGAUUGAUACAAAGAAUAAGCAAUUGUAAAUGUUCACCUGAUAGGUUUGAAUUCUUUCAUUUCAUUAUCAAUUUCCUUGUUCGUACAUACAUACAUAUGUAUGUACUUGCAAAACAUUUCCAUUUCAACAUUGAAGUGUAAUGCUCAUUGCAACUCUUACUUAUAAAUACGAUCAUUGUGCAUACAUACAUACACAUGCACGUAUAUACAUAAAUGUACAUGUAUAUUCCACAAGUAAAUAUAUUAUUAACGAUUUAAGUUACAUAAAUACGCGCAUUCACACAGUUUUAAAUAUAUAAAUAGACAUAUGAUAAUUUUUGUAUAAACACAUGUAAAUUUCAAGUCUAGUUAUAGCACAUAUUUAACAUGUUCGCGUUAUAAGCGUGAACAACCGACACAUACCUUACACCUUAUACAAUAUGUAAAUUACAUAUAUACAUACAUUUAAAAAGAAAUAUGUGAAAUUAUUAUCAAAAUGUAUUGUUUCGCAAUAAAUAAGGUGCAUCUAUUCUA